ACUGCAGCACCGGAAGAUCGACGCCUUCUUCUGGCUUCCACCGGCAACCGCACAUAAGUACACAGAGACAGAGACUAAAAAUAACCCUUUACAGAGAAAAAAAUAAAAGAGUUACUAGCUGACAGCAAUGCACGCCUGUGUCCGGCGCUCGGGAGGCUGAGGAGGAGGAGGGAAAGCGGUGACUUCGGGCCAGCCUAGACCACCUAGCUAGACGCAAGGAAUGCAAGCCUCUGCGAUGACGACAGGGAUGACGCCCUUCAAAAGAAAACCUAGGCGGAAGGGGCGGAGCCGGAAGCAGAAGUAGGACACGGAGACUGCGGCGUCUCUGUUGCCAUGGAACCGGGCAGCGCGGAGAAGCUGCGAACCACAGUUUCUCCGGCCGCUAUGUUCCCGGAGACCGUGUGGGAGUCUACCUCGCACACGGCCGGGUCCAGCAGCCCCAGCUGGCUCAACAGGAAGUCCCCCUUGCCAUCGUCGUUCGCCUUCACCGAUGGCUGCCAGUACGGCUUCCCCACGCGGUUCCUCCGCACCAGGUUCCAAGAGCUCCCGGCCCUGCCGGAGCCGCAGAUGCUGCGUCUGCGCCCCGCCUCGCUGCGCACGCAGGACAUCUCACACCUGCUUGCCCGGGUCUUCCGAAACUUGUACACCAGCCAGGUGAUCGGCGAGGACUUGAGUGACAGCUUGAUCAAGGCCCGCGGCAGUGAUGAUGCGCGCCAAGAGGAGUUCUUGGACCAGCUGCAGCAGGUCCGAGAGGUCUAUAAGCAGCGUCUGGAAGAGGUGUCCAUGCUGGAGAGACACAUCAUCCAAGCCCGCGCUCGGGACCUCGCAGAAACAGAGCACGCCACCAGACAGGCCAGACAGCACGUCUUGGAGACCCCUGUCAAGCUGCCCCCGGUGAGGACAAUCUUCCGCUGGUGUAUAGACAACAACCUGCUGCAGAAGCACCACUUAAUCUGCUCGGAGGAUUAUUACAACGAUCCUGUGCCGUUUUGCUCAGCACCCAAAGGCACCUCCACCCCUAGGUAUUUAAAACUGACGGUUAAACAUGAGAAGUGUUUUACGCGCAAGGCUUACCUGAAUGAGAAGGCUGACGAGGGCUGCCAGAAGUCUGUCCCGCUUGACGAGUUUGAGCACACCGAAGACACCUUGACCUCAGUUUUUCCUAGAGCCAGACAAAAAACCAAAGGCGCUGUCAAGGCAAGUACACCGAAGAACAAGAAGUGGAUGAAACACCUCCGGGUGCCCCAGCGGGCCGAGGAGAGACUGCUGCUUGCCAAGAUGGAGGAGCGGAAUCAUUUCCUGAAGAACCCUCGCUUCUUCCCACCUAACACGACACAUGGAGGCAGGUCUCUAAUCAUCCCUUCAAGGAAGCCCGAAAGAAGAGGAGAAACCGUGGGUGCGGAGCCAGAGUGGAGCUGUGCAGAUGCCCCGGUGUUCCUGGCAAAGCCCUCAAUUGCAUUUUUCACAGAUUACCAGAUUGGACCAGUUUACGAGAUGGUCAUUGCUCUACAGAACACCACUGCGACCAGCCGGUACGUGCGCGUCCUCCCUCCGUCCUCUCCAUACUUCGCUCUUGGGCUUGGGAUGUUCCCGGGAAAAGGCGGGAUGGUGGCCCCUGGGAUGACGUGCCAGUACAUCGUCCAGUUCAUCCCGGACUGCCUUGGGGACUUCGAUGACUUCCUUCUGGUUGAGACGCAGUCUGCCCACAUGCUGGUGAUCCCGCUGCAGGCCCGGAGGCCGCCGCCAGUGCUGAGCCUGUCACCUCUAUUGGACUGUGGCCACUGCCUCAUUGGAGGAGUGAAGAUCAGCAGAUUCUUCUGCAAAAACGUGGGCUUCAGUGUCGGCAAAUUCUGCAUCAUGCCCCAAAAGAGCUGGCCGCCCCCAAGUUUCCGGGCUGUGGCGAGCACCGGCUUUGUGGAGCAGCCUCCCUUUGGCAUCACGCCUUCGGUGUUUGAGCUGGCCCCGGGGUUCGCCAUUCUGUUGGAGGUCUUGUUCCUCCCCACUGGCCUAGGAAAGGCAGAAGAGACCUUCGUCAUCGUGUGUGACAACUGUCAAAUAAAGGAGCUGGUCAUCGUAGGGACUGGACAGCUGGUGGCUUUGGACGUGAUCUAUAUUUCUGGUGGGAAGAGCGAGCAGGACCCGGGAGAGCUGAAGGACUUGACGGCCCAAUACUUCAUCCGCUUUGAGCCUGAAAACAUCCGGUCCACAGCAAAGAAACAGCUCGUUAUCAGAAACGCCACGCAUGUGGAGCUGCCCUUCCACUGGCAGAUCAUGGAGCCCAACCUGCAGCCCCUGAUGCCCGGAGAGCCCAGCCCAGACAGCAUCAAGUGCUACCCGGACAGGGAGACGGCCUUCUCCAUCAUUCCUGAGAAGGGCGUGCUCGCAGCCCACUCCGACCAGGAGUUCAUCCUGAGCUUUUCUCCCUAUGAGCUCAAGUGUUUCCACAGCGUGCUGCAAAUGGUUCUGGAAGCUGUCCCUGAGCCCUUGAGCUCAGGGGUGAAGAACCUGGCGGACUACUCCUACUCGGUGGAUGAUGUGAUCGUCCUGGAAAUAGAGGUGAAAGGCAGGGCAGAGCCCUUCCAGGUCCUCCUGGAGCCCUACGCCCUCAUCAUCCCUGGCGAGAGCUACAUUGGCAUCACCGUGAAGAAGGAAUUUAAGAUGUGGAACAACAGCAAGUCGCCCAUCAGAUACAUGUGGGGGAAGAUCAGCCACUGCCACAUCAUCGAAGUGGAGCCCUGCACAGGCGUCAUAGAGCCCAACGAGGUGGGGGACUUUGAGUUAAACCUAACUGGCGGGGUACCUGGGCCAACCAGUCAGGACCUGCAGUGUGAAAUCCAAGACUCCAUCUGCCCGGUGGUGCUCCACAUUGAGGCCGCCUUUAAGGGCCCCGUCCUGGUCAUUGACGUCGCAGCCCUGCAGUUUGGUCUGCUCCUCCUGGGGAAGAAGGCUUCAAGCUCCAUCCAGAUCCGAAAUGUCAGCCAGCUGGUCGCUGUGUGGCAUUUGGAGGAGAGCCCAGUCUGCCUGACAGAGAGGCAGGAGGACGUGUCCCCCUUCAACAUUGAACCUUCCAGCGGCCAGCUUCAGCCUCUGGGGGAGUGCAAGGUGACCAUCACCUUGGAGACCUUGCGUUGUCAGAGUCUGCAGACGGUGCUAGAACUGCAGGUGGACAACGGGACCUGCAGCUAUCUCCCUGUGUAUGCUGAGGUGCAGCAGCCUUAUGUGUACCUACAAAACAGCCACAUGGAGUUUAGCAACCUCUACCUGGGCGUGCCCUCAAAGUCAAGCAUCGUUCUCAUCAACGGCACACUCCUCCCAACCCGGUUCCGCUGGGGCAAGCUUCUGGGGGCUCAAGCAGCCUUGUGUGCAGUGACAGUCUUCCCCAGAUGCGGCCUCCUGGGCCCCAGUGAAGAACGCCAGCUCAGCUUGGAGUUUACAGCCCACACACCGGAGAAGCUGACCGAUUUGGUUCUCCCUUGCCACGUGUCUGACAUGGAGAAGCCGCUGGCCCUGGGCAUCUCUGGGAAGCCCCAGGGAAUUCAAGUGACCAUCACCGUCUCCACAGAGGAGUCUGAGAGUGUCGCCAGCACCAUGCAGUGGCCAGGCACCCCGGAGGAGCUCCGCCUGGACUUUGGCUCGAAGGCCCCACUGAGGACCCGAGUGACUCGCCAGCUUAUCCUGACAAACUGCUCCCCAAUACAGACCCCUUUCACCCUCAAAUUUGUGUACUUUGGAAGCUCUCCAAACAGCCUGGACAAAAAGAUCAGUCUCCCUGACAUGCCCCCUGCCCUGCUAAAGACAGCGCACAUCCAAGAGCACUUGGCCAAGAAAGAACAGCUCGACUUUGUGGAGAACAUGUUAUCUCACAAGAAAGGAGCUGCUUUCUUCGCCCACAUCUCCCAGGGCAGGCUGGGAGCCUACCAGCAGCUGAGAAUUGACAUCACGGCCUGUGCCAACAUGUGGGGCGAGUACUGGGAUGAACUCCUUUGCACGGUGGGAGACCAGCCAGUAACUGUCAUCCCCGUGUAUAUGGCUGUGGUGGGCUGCCCCAUCAGCUCCCUGAGGAAUACGUGCUACAGUGUGGCCCCAUUCCGGGAGGAGCCCAUCAUCAGGUUCGGGACCCAGCUCUCCGGAGGAGACACGGUCACCAGAACUCUUCGUCUGUUCAACUCCAGUCACUGUGACAUCCGCAUAGACUGGAAGACCUUUGUCCCAGAAGAUAAGGAGGACCGGCUGCUGGAGCUGCUUGUGUUCUACGGGCCGCCCUUCCCGCUGCGGGAUCAGGCCGGGAAUGAGCUCCUUUACCCCGAUAUCCCGGAGGCCAGCUCACCAGGGUCCCCAAGCCUCUCCAACGUGUCAGUGUCUAGCCUUGCUGUCGCCUCAUCGGGCAGCUGCAGUGGUGGUACCAGGGCUGAAGAGCACAUCAUCUCAGUGGUGCUGCAGGACCAUGACGGAGUAUCUGCCGAACACAUGUACCAUGUCAGCCCCAGGCAGGUGGUCAUCCCGGCUGGAGGCAACAGCACCUUCUGCAUCUCAUUCACGCCCGUGGUGCUCGGCCUCGGGGUCUUGCACAAGGUGGCAUGUACCGGCUAUGCCUUGGGCUACAUGAGCUUGGACAAGGAGACAGACAGAGAGAUUCCAGGCCGGAUGCGCCGCCUUCAGGACUACGACGUUGGUCCCCUGAGGCUGGAGUUGAACAGCUACGUGAGACAUGCACAGCUGGACGUCGAGCUGGGCAGCAGUGGCUACUUGGAAUUCCAGUGCCAGGCCAGUGACCUCAUCCCGAAGGAUCCCUGCUAUGGGGUGCUGAGUGACCGGCUAACCACCCGCCAUCUGAAACUGAUCAACAGCAGGGAGAUCCUGCACGACUUCCGAAUCCUGGUCCCCAGGCCCUUCUUUGUUUCUCCCGUCGGGGCCCAGCAGCAGCAGCAGCAGCAGCAGCAGCAGCAGGAGGAGGAGGAUGAGAUCGCCGCCAGCGGCCAGCACCUGAUGCUCCGCCCACAGGAGAACACGCUGGUGGCCGUGUCCUUCUCGCUGUCCCUGGAACUGCUGUCCUACCAGAAGCUCCCGGACGACCAGAUGCUGCCCGGAGUGGACAUCGAGCAGAAUGAUAUCGGAGAGAAAACGAUGGUGUUCACGCAGAACCUGCUCCUGGGCUUCAGCAACCAGACCAUUCAGGAGGUGCCCCUGCGGGCUACCGUGGCUGUGCCAGAGCUGCAGCUCUCCACCAGCUGGGUGGACUUCGGGACCUGCUUUGUGAACCAACAGCACACACGGGAGGUCUACCUGAUGAACCUCAGUGGCUGCCUGAGCUACUGGACAGUGUUGAUGGGACAGGAGGAACCAGGCAGGGAGGAUAAUGCCUUUGAGGUCACCCCAAGCAGUGGGCUGCUGGAGGCCAGACCCACCAACGCACCCCCAACCUCCAUUCCCCUUCAGGUGUUCUUCACCCCUCGGAGCAACCUGCUGUACGAGUCCACGAUGGUGGUGGAAGGCGUGCUGAGUGAGAAGCCCUGCACCCUGAGGCUGCGGGGCCAAGGCUCUUACGAUGAGAGAUACGUGGUGCCUCACCAGUUCUGAGGCUCUGGAGUCCGCAGCCCCAGCCCCGGACAUCAGUCUGGCUCAGGGCCGAGGGGCAGGGCUGCUGAGCAGGGAC